GCCCUCGCUGCGUCAUGAUCACGCCCGCGUUCGAGUUGAGUCAGGACGCCGAGUCCCUGACGAUCGCCAUCCGCGUGCCCUACGCGCGCGUCGGGGAGUUCGAGGUCUACUUCGAGGGCUGCGACUUCAAGUUCUACGCGAAGCCGUACUUCCUCAGAUUAACUCUUCCUGGAAGAAUUGUGGAAAAUGGAGAAGAAGAUGGUUCAUAUGAUGUUGAUAAAGGAAUCUUUACUCUUCGAAUGUCAAAAGAGACUCCUGGUCAGCAUUUUGAGGGACUGAAUAUGUUGACGGCCCUCCUGGCAUCAAAGAAAUCCAGAUCUGCGAAGCCCCUUGUGGAAGUGACAGGUUCUUCUGAGGUUCCUGUAGAGUGUAAGGAAGAUGAGGAAGAAGACUUUGAUUGGGAAAUUGAACAGUCUCCAUAUGAAGAAUUAACAGCAAAUGAUUUGAAUUCCCAGUACCAUUAUGGGUUUGGAAACUUGCGCACAGGAGUGUUUAAGAGAUUGCAGGAGGAGUUGAGUGAUGUCAUUGACAUUAAAAACCCAGACUCCACUCCCCCAGCUGAACGAAGACAGAAUCGGAUUGCCGCUGAAGAGUCUAAAUUUGAUCCUGAUCAUUACUUAGCGGACUAUUUUGAAGAUGAAGCUAUUCAAAAAAUUUUGAAGUAUAAGCCCUGGUGGACUGUAGCAUUUGCAAAAAUGAUGGCCUCUCCGGAAAAGAAUCAGGAGCAGAGUAAUCCAGAAGAAUUUCAGGUUUCUUUUUCUAAAGAAGAGAACUAUCAACUUCUAAAAUUUACAAAUAAAUCUUAUCUGCUGGAUAAAAGAGCUCGAUAUUAUGUGUAUUUUGGCUUGAUUGACAUUCUUUUGGCUUACUGUUAUGAAAUCCGUGUUACGGAAGGAGAGAGCAAUGUUGAAUCUCCAUGGAAUAUCAGAAAACUAAGUGGAACAUUGUCGUGGUUUGAGAGUUGGAAUAAUGUUCAUGAAAUCCUGGUUUCUUUUGGAAGAAGAGUUUUAUGUUAUCCCCUUUAUCGACAUUUCAAGCUGGUGACAAAAGCCUAUAUUGAUACAAUAAAGAUAUUGCAAUUAGGAAGAAGUGCUGUUUUGAAAUGUCUCCUGGAUAUCCACAAAAUUUUUCAAGAAAAUGACCCAGCAUAUAUUCUAAAUGAUCUUUAUAUCUCAGACUACUGCAUAUGGAUUCAGAAAAUCAAGUCCCAAAAGUUGGCAAGUCUUGCUGAAACUCUACAGAGAACCUACAUUACGAAGAGUCAGCUGGGAUUAGAAAUAGAUGAACUGGAAUCAGCUGCACUUCUUGUCCAGGGGGAAGAGACUGAGUUGCAAGUCCCCUCGUCGGUUAGUAGUCAGCAAGUCGCUAGCAUUGAUUCACUCACAGGAGGCUCUGCAAAAUCAGAUGGGAUUUCAUCGGUUAAGACAGAAGUCUUGAAUGGGGAUCCAGCUAAGCCUGCAGAUUGUGAGGGCGCAAAAAUAAAUUAUUUGGGAAAAAAUACUAUCCCGAUCACUGAUUCUCUUAAAUUUUGUGUAAAACCCAACAUGUGGACAUGUGAUGUUAGUCAAGAAAACCCAGUCAGUUCUUCCCAGUCUCCUAAGGCUUCUGCUCCACUCAUCGUAGAAUUGGAAGAAAAAAUGGAAACUGACCCUCAGCCUUCUCAACAGCAUGCAACUUUGCCAGUGGAUGAGGGCAAGCAACCCACCUAAGCUCAUACACACCACUGAAUCACUCAUUUGUUGAAAGAAGUAGUAAGAUUUCUUACUCUCCUGCUGCUUCUAUUGAAUAAAAAUCUAUCACGAGUCUGUCAUGGUGCAUUUUCUUGUCUAGUAUUUGUGGCAUUAUUUUGACAGAAUUAAUGUUCAGUGUCCUAAACUUUGGGAAAUGAAAGUAUGUGUUCUAGCAGAUUGUAAGCUCCUUGAGAGCAGAGUCAGUUCUGUUUUUGUCUUUGUAGUCUUAGCACACAAUGCAAAUCCUUGGCACAAAGCAGACUUAAUAAUUGUUUGUUGAGAUGAAAAUGAAAUGUGAAUAUUUUAAGCAACAAUAAAACAUUUUUUUGAUGAAA